AUGGCAAAUUCAAAUGCACAAUCAGGAGAUAAAACACGUAUAUGUGCAUUUACAACUGAAUCAUGUCAAAUCUUGAAUGAACUAAGAAAAAAGAAUCUCUUGUGCGAUGCAAAAAUUUCCAUUAGAAACCAAUUCACUCAACAAUGUAUCGAAUAUCCAGUGCAUCGAUUCAUCUUAGCUGCUUCUAGUUCAUACCUUCGUAUGGCAUUUACAAAUCUUCAAAGUAAUGAAAAUCCAUGUUUACAAUUAGAUAUCGAUCGUGGUACUCUGGAAUGUUUACUUGAUUAUGUUUAUACGCGUCGAUGUGUAUUAACAUUAGAGAAUGUUAAUCAGGUGAUUCAAGCAGCGAAAUUAUGUCAGAUGACGAGUUUAUUUCAAUACUGUUGUGAAUAUUUGACGUUAAAUAUUAAUAAUGAAAAUAUUUUUCAUUUCUAUAAUUUUGCAAAGAUUCAUUCAGAUUCCAAAUUAUUCAAUGUAACUUACGAAUAUCUCAUGCGAAAUUUUAUUCAUAUGAUCAAAACUAACAGAACAUUUCUCAAGCUUUCCAUAGAACAAUUACUCGAAUUGCUUGCGAAUGACGAUUUAAAUGUACGAAAUGAAGAAAAUCUAUUUGAUGCGUGUAUACAAUGGAUUGAUCAUAAUACUGAACAACGAAAAGCUUUUAUCGCACAAUUGAUUAGUAAUUUACGUCUAGGAUUGGUUCCAUCGUCGUUUUUCUUGAAUCAAAUUAGGCAACAUUCGUAUGUUAAAGAGAAUGAUCUAUGUAAACCGAUCAUCGGAGAAACACUUCGAUUGUUAUAUAAAUUGGAUAAUGAGGGGUUGAUGAGUUCGGAUGUCGAUUGUCCGUUUAUUCGUCCACGACUUCCACAUGAAAUGAUUUUGGCGUUCGGUGGAUGGUCGGGUGGGAAUGCAACAAGUAUGCUCGAAGCUUAUGACAUUCGAGCUGAUAAAUGGACAACUAUAUCAACACAACAAAUUUCACCACGUGCAUAUCAUGGAUGUAUUACAGUGGAUGAUAAAAUGUACAUUAUUGGCGGUUUUGAUGGUACAGAAUGCUUCAAUUCAUGUCGGAUGUUUCAUUUAAUCAAUCGAACAUGGAGUGAAAUUGCGCCAAUGAAUGAGCGACGUUGUUAUGUUAGUGUGGCUUAUCUAAAUGGUUUGAUUUAUGCAAUGGGUGGUUUCAAUGGUCAUGUUCGGCAGAAUACAGCAGAGAAAUAUUUCUGCGAGACAAACCAAUGGUCACCUAUUUGUCCAAUGCAUAUGCAACGAAGUGACGCAUCUGCAUGUACAUUGAACGAUCGGAUUUAUAUCUGUGGGGGUUUUGAUGGACAUGAGUGUUUGCAAACUGCUGAAUAUUAUAAUCCAAUAACCAAUCAAUGGACACUGAUUCAACCGAUGCGUAGUCAACGAAGUGGCGUUGGAGUAAUUACUUAUCGUGGGUCAAUCUAUGCAAUCGGUGGUUUCGAUGGAACGUCACGACUUAGUACAGGUGAACGAUAUAAUCCAACAAUGAAUACAUGGCGGCCAAUCGCAGAUAUGUUUCAUCCAAGAAGUAAUUUUGCUAUUGAAGUUCUCGAUGAUCUUCUGUUUACUAUUGGCGGAUUUAAUGGAUUAACAACAAUCUCAAAUGCAGAAUGCUUUGAUGAAACAACAGAAGAAUGGUAUGAUAUUGCUGAUAUGAAUUUGUACCGCUCGGCACUGAGUGCUUGCGUUGUUAAUGGUUUGACAAUUACAAAACAAUUUCUUUCAUCGAAUGAGAUAUUUCACACGCAAACUACAUCCUCUAGACCCACUACUACAGGACGAUUAUCGGCACUAUCAUCAACUGUUCAUUUAACACCAAUCACAUUGGCUAGUUUAAAUCAGAGUUUACGAAAUUUUACUCAAAGUCGUAUCCAUUGA